AAUCCUGCCCGCUGUGAGCUGCUCGGGGACAGGGACACGGCCAGUGAGUGCCACGGGGCCCCUCCCGGAGCCCCCAGGCUCAGGAUCCAGCCCCUCCCGGAGCCCCCAGGCUCGGGAUCCCGGGAUCGGCCCCUCCUGGAGCCCCCAGCCGCAGCCAUGGGAUCGCAGCUGGAAGGGGCCAUGGAGACCCUGAUCAAUGUCUUCCACCACUACUCGGGCAAGGAGGGGGACAAGUACAAGCUGAGCAAGAAGGAGCUCAAGGAGCUGCUGCAGAGCGAGCUGGGAUGUUUCCUGGAGACCCAGAAGGACGCGGGGGCCGUGGAGAAGAUCAUGCAGGACCUGGAUGAGAACGGCGACGGGGAGGUGGAUUUCCAGGAAUUCGUGGUCCUGGUGGCCGCCCUGACCGUGGCCUGCAACACCUUCUUCUGGGAGAACGCCUGACGCCCCUCCUGCCGCAGCAGGGCGCGGGUUCCCAAAGUCCAGAGCCCCCCCGGCACCCCCCAGCUCACCGCCUCCGCUCCCCGGCACUCCCAGGGGAUCCUGCUAGGAUCCAGCUGCACAAUAAAGGCACCGACCCUGCCC